UUCAGUCAAUACGACUGCGAAGAUGUUUCGUCUGUUUAUUGUUGGACUGAUCUUUAUGCCAGCUUGGACCGCCCCAGCUACUGGCCAGGACGACAGCUCCGGGGAGCCGCUGCUCGUCGAAGGUGAUAUCCUGAAAAGAAAUGCAGUUCUAAAGGAGCAACAGUGGCCUGAUGGCAUUAUAAACUAUCGUUUUGAUAACGGCUAUUCUCAAGAGCAGCAACAACAAAUUCUCAGCGCAAUGGGACUUAUUGAAGCAGUGUCCUGUGUGCGAUUUAUUGAAUCUAAUGGGUCGACUCAUUAUGUACUUAUUACGCCAAACCCAAGCAAUCCAUCCUGCUCAUCUCAAGUUGGGGUUGUCGAGCAGAGACACCAGAAUCUCACUCUAGCCACCACGAAAUUUGAUUGCUUCGAAGAACAUGGCAUUGUACAUGAGCUAUUGCAUACCGUGGGUCUUUGGCAUCAACACACUGCACCCAAUCGAGAUGAUUACGUUAAAAUUAUAUACGAAAACAUUAAACCAGAGUGGGCAUACAACUUUGAUAAGUUAAAUUCAAGUGACUUUGGCGUACCAUAUGACUACAAUAGCCUUUUGCAUUAUCCAAAUGAUGCUUUUGCAAAGGCGCCGGGAUUAAUAACAAUGGAGGCAAUAAAAUCAGGUGCUGAGAGUAUGGGGAAUGCUACGAAAAUGUCUAAAUAUGAUAUAAAAAAACUAAACAUUAUGUACAAUUGUACGCAACAAUUUGAUAAAUAAAUAAAAAUAUAUUAACG